CGUUCCUGAAAUAAACUUCCUGCAAUUCUUUGCAGUGUGCAGGUGUCCAGACUCCCCUUUACUCAUGGUCGCCUGUGAAACCCGUCAGGCAACUGAAGGCUGUACCUAAAAUUCUGCCGGCAGUGCGAGCACACUGCAGUGGUCUUGGUAUAGUUACGGUGGACACCUUGUGCAGCUACAGGCUGUAGCAUCCCCUCGUAGUCCGAACAACUGAGUAUUGCGGUCCAGGAGUCUACACGUGUGGAGGACUGCCUGGAGUAGAAAAAGGAAAGCUGCAGAGAUUGUAAGCUGCUGCUUGAUCCGUGUGGCUGUUGUGCCGAGGAACAUCAAAACUUUGCUGGAUGGAUCCGACAGCUCGUUGCAAAGUAGAGGUGCUGGAGGGUGCUGGUGAAGAAGAGGCUGAAGAGCCAGACGCUACUCUACAGACUACACUAAGUGAGGAGACCAGCAACCAAGAAGAGAGCCACAGUCAGUCAGGGGAUAAAGAUGAAGAGAAGCAGCUGGAAAGCUUAAACAGCUACAAGGUAUCACCAAGUUCACCAAACAGUUUGGACGGGGCAGACUUGUCCUCCAUUGAUGCCAUGAUGUCAGCAGUGAUGAAUGUGGGGAAGAUUGCUGAGAACGGCGGGAACCCUCAAAAUGUCAAAUCACCCUCAAAGUCUCCUGCACCGAACCGGAUUGGCAGGAGGAACCAGGAAACAAAAGAAGAGAAGUCUUCCUAUACCUGUCCUCUGUGUGAAAAGAUUUGCACUACACAGCACCAGCUAACUAUGCACAUUCGUCAGCAUAACACUGACACUGGAGGGACAGACCAUUCCUGCAGCAUCUGUGGAAAGUCUCUGAGCUCAGCGAGCUCCCUUGAUCGCCACAUGCUGGUGCACUCAGGUGAAAGGCCUUAUAAAUGUUCAGUAUGUGGACAGUCCUUCACCACCAAUGGAAACAUGCACAGGCACAUGAAGAUUCAUGAGAAGGACCCGAACAGCACAGCAAGCACAACUCCCCCCUCGCCGCUGAAGCGCAGGCGAUUGUCUUCGAAACGGAAGUUUAGUCAUGAUGCUGAGUUGGACAGAGAAGAGAGGACACCUGCAAAAAAGGUUGUCGAGGAUGGUCACUCCGGUGAAGGGGAUAAGAAGGCCGACGAUGAAGUUUAUCAUUGUCCAGUGUGUUUCAAAGACUUUUUUUGCAAGUACGGGCUGGAGUCCCACAUGGAGACACAUCCAGAUAAUUCACUGAGGUGUGACAUCUGUUGUAUUACCUUUCGUACUCAUCGGGGCUUACUGCGCCAUAAUGCAGUUAUCCACAAGCAGCUUCCCAGAGAUCCCAUGGGAAAGCCUUUCAUUCAGAACAACCCUUCGAUUCCAGCAGGCUUCCAUGACUUGGGAUUCACGGACUUCUCCUGUAGGAAGUUCCCCCGCAUUUCUCAGGUCUGGUGUGAAACAAAUUUGCGAAGGUGCAUCAGUGACUUCCAUCGAUUUAUUUGCGAGAUGUGUAACAAGGCAUUCCCCAUGCUUUCGGCACUUAAACUGCACACAGAAACUCACAUGGUGGAUCAGGGAAAAGACAAGCACAAGCCACAGUCCAUGACCCUACCUGGUGAGAACCCAGACCAGAAAGCCUUCAUGGCAUCCUUGGGCCUACAGUACACCAAAGACAUCAAGCCUGUCAAGCAGGAGGACAAUACACAAGAUGAGGUCCAAGAAAUGCGGCUCAGAGCACUGAAGAGUAACCUACCUCAGGAACCCGGCAGCACCAGUCUGCUCAGCCUCUCUCCUCUGGAAGCUGCCUCCAUGGGAGGGUCAUUUUCAGUCCUUCCCCCUACAAAAGAAAAUAUAAAGCUUCUCUCACUGCAGCCUUUCCAGAGGGGUUUUAUUAUCCAGCCUGACAGCAGUAUUGUGGUGAAACCCAUCUCCAAUGAGUCUGCCAUUGAGCUGGCAGACAUUCAACAGAUCUUGAAGAUGGCUUCUUCCGCUCCUCCUCAGAUCAGUCUUCCUCCACUUUCUAAGGCACCUUCUGUCCCUGUGCAGUCCAUUUUCAAGCAUAUGCCGCCACUGAAGCCAAAGCCUUUGGUAACGCCCCGAACAGUUGUCGCAACCUCUACGCCUCCUCCUCUUAUCAGUGCCCAGCAAGCCUCCCCUGGCUGCAUCAGCCCAAGCCUCCCACCUCCCCCUCUGAGGCUGAUCAAGAACUCGGUGGAGUCCUCCUCCAACUCUCAUCUCCCCCAGCCAGGAGCCAAAUCAAGUCCUUCCUCGCAGUUGCUCCUCCAACCCAAAGUAGAGCCUUUAAGUCAGCAUGAGAUGAAGACACAGCUGGAGCAGGACAGCAUCAUUGAAGCUCUCCUGCCUCUGAGUAUGGAAGCCAAGAUCAAGCAAGAGGUCACAGAAGGAGACCUCAAAGCCAUCAUUGCAGGGGCAGCGAACAAGAAGACCCCAACCAUGAGGAAAGUUUUGUACCCCUGCCGUUUCUGUGACCAGGUGUUUGCCUUCGCUGGUGUCCUGAGAGCUCACAUCCGUUCUCACUUAGGUAUUUCCCCAUACCAGUGCAACAUCUGUGACUACAUCGCAGCUGACAAGGCAGCACUGAUCCGGCACCUGCGGACGCACAGCGGGGAGAGGCCUUACAUAUGCAAACUCUGCCACUACCCGUUCACAGUGAAAGCCAAUUGUGAGAGGCAUCUGCGAAAGAAGCACCUCAAAGUGACCAGGAAGGAUAUAGAGAAGAACAUUGAAUAUGUCACCAGCAAUGCUGCAGAGAUGGUGGAUGCCUUCUGCUCUCCACACACUGUGUGCAAGCUGUGUGGUGAGGACCUGAAGCAUUACCGGGCCCUCCGCAUUCACAUGAGGACGCACAGCGGCUGCCAGAAGAAGAAGCCGUUUGAGUGCAAGGAGUGUGGCACAGCCUUUUCAGCUAAGAGAAAUUGCAUUCACCAUAUCCUCAAGCAGCACUUGCACGUGCAAGAAAGGGAUAUUGAGAACUACAUCUUAACAGUGGACUGCAGUGCCCAGGAAAGCCAGACAGACCCUUCUUUAAUGGAGGACAGCACUUAUAUGGACCACAAGCCCAUGACACCUUUCCUGGAGCCACAGAAUGGCUUCUUGCUUGGCACGUCGUCUCAUGUUUCCAUCAAACGUGAACCUGUGGGCAACUUCCCAGUGGAUUUUGAUGAGCCGCUGGAUUUCUCUCAGAAGAGCAGAAGCCUGAGUGCUGUGCAAGUGAAGCAGGAGAACCUGUUUGGUUCUUCUCCCCUGUCCUUUUAUGACUGUUCCAUGGAGCCUAUUGACCUGUCCAUACCCAAAAUUCUGAAGAAGGACAAAGAUGAUGUCCCAUACGAAGGCAGGAAUCAAGAGUUGGCUACUUCCGGGAACAGUGAUAAAGCCUAUAACUGUCUGCAGUGUCCUUUGGUUUUUGGUGCCAAUGGGAACUCAGAGAUAACCCGGGGUGUCAGGCAUCCCCAGCCACUGCAAGGUUCAUUGCAUUUGACUGUCCCAAUCAUUUCCCCGGCUCUCUCUGGCAAUUCUGCCUUGUUGAGACCCUUGAGGCCUAAACCACCACCGCCACCUCUCUUGCCAAAGCCUUCAGUCACUAAAGAGCUGCCGCCGUUGGCUUCCAUUGCACAGAUCAUUUCAUCUGUGUCUUCUGCUCCCGCUUUGCUAAAAACGGAGGCUGCAGACGCCAGUUCCAAGGUGGUGAGCGGCUCCACUGGGUGUGACAAAUCAGGGAACGCCAAAGCAAAAGUGACAAUCUUGAGCACUGUUCUGAGAGACUCCAGCCUGCCCAGUGACCUGUCUCAGGCAUGUCAUCCAGAGCAGUCUCCCGUUGCUGAUACUGGCUUGACUAAGAAAAGAGGUAGAAAGAAAGGAACUAAAAAUAAGCCUAAACUUAGCAGUAGUGUGGAUCUGGAGUCAAGUGGGGAGUUUGCCAGCAUAGAGAAGAUGCUGGCUACCACAGACACUAACAAAUUUAGCCCCUUUCUGCAGUCCACUGACAAUUUCAAGGAAGAAAGCGGCAGAAAUGGAGCAAGUGAGGAUGAGAAGGAAACUGCUGAGGAUAAGCUUCUGAGAGGGAAGAGGAACGCUCACUCAGACUGCCGGCAAAAUAUCCCCUGUCCUUAUUGUCCUCAAGUAUUUCCAUGGGCAAAUUCCCUGCAGCGGCACAUGCUCACUCAUGCAGACAGCCAGGCUGAUGCAGAGACACUAGCUGCAGGAAACGAAGUCUUGAACCUGACCUACUGCGAGAAGGAACAACAGUCAGAGGAAAUAACAGAGCUACCAGAGAGUGAGUGCGGCCCCAAGGAGGAGCAAAAGGCUGACUCCCUUCUGGCGGAAGAGGAUGCUGAAGAAAAAGUGGAUGGAUAUGAAGAGGGCCCUGAGGAAGAUUCCGUAAGUAACAAAAGUCUUGACCUCAAUUUUGCCAGCAAAUUAAUGGACUUCAAGCUGGCAGAGAGUGACCAGAGCGCAGGCAGCAGUGCUCAGACUGAAAGGAAACAUGCCUGUGACAUUUGUGGCAAAACCUUCAAGUUUGCUGGCACUCUUAGCCGUCACAAAAAGGCCCACAUUCGUGAGGACAGAAAGGAUGAAAGGAGCAGUGAGGAUGAAAGCAAAAGCAUUCAGGAUGGUGCAGGAGCUCCCUCGAUGCAGGACUCUGGUCUUGAGCAGGAAGAGUCUCCGAUGGACUUGAAGGUAGUGGAGUCUCCUGUGGACUGUGAGGCAACAGGAAAGGAGAAUGAAGAGAGCGAAAGCAUCUCUGAGGGGGAAGGCACAGAGAGAAAGUCCACUGAGAAGAGCAGUGAUGACAAUAAACCAAAGACUGAUGAGGCUAAGAGUACUGCAAAAGCAGACAAAAGAAAGAAAGUCUGUACUGUGUGCAACAAGCGUUUCUGGUCUCUGCAAGAUUUGACGCGACAUAUGCGGUCUCAUACAGGUGAGAGACCUUACAAGUGUCAAACCUGUGAACGGACCUUCACUCUGAAGCACAGCCUGGUGCGUCACCAGCGCAUACACCAGAAAGUCAAAAAUGCCCGAAACCAUGGGAAGGAGAGCGACAAGGAGGAGACCCAGUCGAGGUGUGAAGAAGACAGUGAAAAUGAGUCUAGCCACAGCGGCGCCAACCCCAUCUCAGAAAACGAGUGCGACUCCGCGGGGGGCGUCGGCAGCCAGACACCCCUCAUGGGAAGCCGAAACGAGUCCCUGGCCGACACGGUCAUGGACUCCCCCUGCGGAGAAGAGAGGAGCAGCACCUGCCUCGUGGAGCCCACCAAGAGCGUGCAGAAACAGACCACAAAAGACCAGGAACCUCGGGGUAGCUCCGAGCACGAGAGACCCUCAGGUUUCAUCCAAGACUUGCUGGAGAUGCACAACACCCCAUCUCCCAUCAGUCACAUCCUUGCCUCUGCAGACAGUGCACCUCAGCUCUUGGGGGUGGAAUGA